GCUCGAUAGAUGAAGAAGAAGCCAUAUGGUACGUGACUGUGGAUGUUUUUCAGGAGAGAACAUGAAUCAAGAAAAACUUGCAAAACUUCAAGCGCAGGUCCGGAUAGGAGGAAAGGGCAGUGCACGCAGAAAGAAGAAGGUAGUUCACAGAACGGCAACAACUGACGACAAAAAGCUUCAGAGCUCUCUGAAGAAGUUGGCUGUCAACAAUAUUGCAGGAAUUGAGGAGGUGAACAUGAUCAAGAACGAUGGGACUGUUAUCCAUUUUAACAACCCCAAAGUCCAGGCUUCUCUGUCGGCAAACACCUUUGCCGUCACAGGCCACGCAGAGACCAAGCAGCUGACAGAGAUGCUCCCAGGCAUCCUCAGUCAAUUGGGAGCUGACAGCCUCACCAGCCUGCGAAAACUCGCUGAACAGUUCCCUCUGCAAGGUCUCGACAGCAAAGCUCCAAAGGCAGAGGACGUCGAUGAAGAGGACGAUGAUGUUCCAGAUCUGGUAGAGAACUUUGAUGAAGCAUCAAAGAACGAGGCGAAUUGACACAGAUCAGCCUGAUGUACAUAUGAACUGGACUGCAAGAAACCCUGUUGUUUGUUUUUGUUUGUUUUUUAAAUAAUCUUAAAAUUCUAGCAGCUCACUCAUAUCAGACACUGUUCUCACAAAAUAGUGACUCUUCUAUUAGCUGAUGGCUGAGGAAUGAAUGUCUUAUCGUUACACUGGUGCGUACAUUUCCAGAAACACUCCCACCUGGGUCACCCCCUUCACUGCCAAUCACAGGCAGGAUUUGAGUGACCGUGAAUACUACAAUCUUAAGAAUUUGCUUGUAUUUUUUUAAAGAAUCAAAAUAAAG